AUGCCCUUGACUGUUGCUGAGGCGUUUCAACUGCCGCUGAAGCGGCUGGCCGAUAAAGAGUGUAAGCUAAAAAAUUUUGUGAGCUUGUCAUGAAGUUUAGGUCUUAACGAGACAACGCUCAAAUAAGGAAUUUCUUUAUUUAAUUGCCAAUUUAGCAAAGACUGGGCACACCACUCAGCUCAAGUCCAAAUACGUUGCCAACCUCGCCAUUGGAACGCCUCCUCAACUGGUUCAGGCGGCUUUUAACACCGGCUCGGCUUCGAUCUGGGUCCCAGCCAGAAGUUGCGCUAAGAAAAGUACUAAUGGCGCCUGCAGUUCUGAGGGGAACUUUUUUGACCCAACCCAUUCAAAUACCUUCAAGAAUACGACCAGAUUUUUUGAAACCGGCUAUGACGAGUCAAAUGCUCGUGGCUACGUCAUUAAGGACAAGCUGUCGGUAAGUUAGUAACAACUUUUCGAAACCUGCUAUACCUAAUCUUCGCAAUGAAGUUAGCUCUGUAAAUCGCCAAUUUCGAAAGGCUGACAAACGACAGAAUCGUUUGUCAGUCUGUCUGAAAAAUAAUGUGCACUCUGUCGCAUCGAAAAUCGCAUCGCCGCCGAGAAAAUUAAUUGUCGCGGCGAAAAUCAAAUCGUUUUUCGCUCCAGCGACGCGCGAUCGGCGCAGCGAUAUUGAGCUCAUUAUGUCACGACUUAGCUAUGAGUCGUGGUGUAAGAUUGCCCUUAACUUGCCCGCUACUACUAGUAUUCACUACCCUCUGAUAACCCGGAGACACAAACAAGAGGACUCUGGCAAUGAAACUGUGAACUCACGAUAUUGACUCCAGACGAUGUGACCAUAGACCAAUCAAUAAUCGACAAUAGAGAAUAUAGUAGACUUUAUUGGACACAACCGCAUAAGCGGGAAAAGACAAAACACAAAGUAGUAAUAAUAAUUGGCGAUUUCUCUUCCUUUUAUACCAAUUUGUCGGUCAUUCCGUGGGAAUAUGCAAAUUCGCACGCGAAGUCGUGACAAAUAUUAUAUUUUCCUGACAGGCUGAUAACGCAGCUUGAGAUUAAUUUUAAGAACAUUGGUUCCAGAUCCUCACUUCCUCUCGAGGCCCCAAACUGUCAUUCCGCAACCCCGUCUUCAUCGGAGCCGCAACAACUCCCGCGGAGAGUAACGAAGCCGUCUUCGGCCUUCCCUCCCAACAAUUCUCCCAUCCCUACGAGCACAGUUACAGUACCAUUCUUCACCAACAAAUGAACAACACAAACGUUAACGCCUCCUAUUUCACCCUCUACACCGCCGGUUGCGGCUACGAGGGCUGCGGAAAUCGCGCAGUGCUGACGUUCGGCGGUCAAGACCACAAGCAUUGCCAAGAGCAGAUCAAUUUCACCCCACUCAUCCCGACGUCGCCGAUUUGGGAGUUCCAAGCGGAUGGAGUCGGGGUUCGUGGGUUGUUCGCUCCAAAAAAGAUUACCACAAGUGUGGAUUCGGGAAGUGGAUACGUCGGAGUGCCACGCUAUAUGUUGUCCGUGUUCGUGCGACGCUGGAACGCAACAAAACUGGAGGGAGAGGUGAGGAAUAUCGUUUUUUCGAGCGAAAUUUGCGAGAAUUUUGCGAGAAAUUUUAAGGGCUGCAGGCCUAAAAUUACAAAACCUUACGAUGACGCUGUGCUAAGCAUAUCCUUUUUAUUCCAUUUUUGUUGCAGGAUGCCUACGGCAUUCCUUGCAACACGGACCUCGACGUGGUCCUCGGAAUCGAGAACGUGCUCUACAAAAUCUCUUCCGACAAUCUUCUCCGUCCGUUGCCGGAGGCCGGUCAACGCAAAUUCGGCGCAAACAUGUGUCAAAUCGCUAUGCGGGCCUCAGAAAUGCUGGACGUCAUCACGCUGGGAGAGCCGUUCCUUCGCACCUACUGCGUUGUGCACGACAUUGGCGGUCGGCGCGUUGGGUUUGCGCAUAAAAUCGGGGAAGAGGAGCCGGAUGAGGAGGAAUUUGAUCUCUCAACAACUAGACGACAUUUCACCAGAAAUCGUCAUCCGGAUCGCGCUAAAACACGCACUCAGACUCCGGGUGAUCGUCGCAAAAAGAAGGAGGAAAAGAAGAACGGGAGGAAGCACAGAAAGGAUGGGAACAAGGACAGGAAAAGCGAGGAGUCCAGCGAAUCUCUCGAGGAGUACUAUCGCAAAAAGUUUGAGAGGGAGCAGAGAAGACGGGGAUAUCCAAUCCCAGUUCCCCCGUUCGUCUUCCCUUAUCCACCCGUUUUCAAGAACAGCACCGCGGUUUGA